UAUGGAUUAUUCUAAUCCAGAUUUGACAUCGCUGCUGCCGUGCUGAGUUUGGUGAGAAGACUGCAAGAUGUUUGUCAAGGUGCUGCUCGCCCUGCUGCUUCUGCUGCCAACUCACGUCAUCUUCAGCCACGCUCAAGAGGAGGAGACAACCGAAGCCUGGACCAGCAAAUCCUGCAACUGUGACUGUGAUGGAGGCGUGGCACCCACUGACUCCUCCCCCAUUGGCUCCUCCUCCUCCUCCUCCUCCUCAGUUCGUGGAGUGGACUGCAUGCCAGAAUGUCCUUACCACAAACCUCUGGGCUUCGAGGCGGGAUCAGUGAGUCCAGAACAGAUCAGCUGUUCCAACCAGGACCAGUACACUGGAUGGUUCUCUUCCUGGCUGCCCAGCAAGGCACGCCUCAACACUCAAGGCUUUGGGUGUGCUUGGCUGUCCAAGUUCAUGGACAACAACCAGUGGCUGCAGGUGGACCUGAUGGAGGUGAAGGUGGUCUCAGGAAUCCUCACUCAGGGUCGCUGUGACGCAGACGAGUGGUGGGACCAGUACAGUGUCCAGUAUCGCUCUGACCACACCCUCAACUGGAUCUUCUACAAGGCAACUGGAAACAACAGGGUCUUCUACGGGAACUCGGACCGCUCGUCCUCGGUCCAGAACCUCCUGCGGCCGCCCAUCGUGGCGCGCUACCUGCGCAUCCUGCCUCUGGGCUGGCACACUCGCAUCGCCCUGCGCCUGGAGCUGCUGCUCUGCAUGGACAAGUGUGCCUGAUGACCUCUGACCUUUCACCUCAUGCAGCCUUCCACCUGUGUCAGCAAAAUGUUGUCUUGUUACCUCCUAACACCAUCUUUUCAUCUUUCAUGUGCAAACCUUUUCUCUCAGACCCUCAUGUUGUCUUCAGUCGGUGCUUUCAUUUUCAAAGGAUUCUUACCUUUCACCUGCACCUGCAUCCACUCAAAGCAAUCAGCAGCAGCGUUGCCAUGCAAGAAGAAGCUAAUAAUCAGCAGCGUUGCUAUGGAAGAAGAUAAUAAUCGGCAGCGUUGCUAUGGAAGAAGAUAAUAAUCAGCAGUGUUGCUAUGGAAGAAGAUAAUAAUCACCAGCGUUGCUAUGGAAGAAGAUAAUAAUCAGCAGCGUUGCUAUGGAAGAAGAUAACAGUUAGCAGCGUUGCUAUGGAAGAAGAUAACAGUUAGCAGCGUUGCUAUGGAAAAAGAUAACAGUUAGCAGCGUUGCUAUGGAAGAAGAUAAUAGUUAGCAGCGUUGCUAUGGAAGAAGAUAACAGUUAGCAGCGUUGCUAUGGAAGAAGAUAAUAAUCGGCAGCGUUGCUAUGGAAGAAGAUAAUAAUCAGCAGUGUUGCUAUGGAAGAAGAUAAUAAUCACCAGCGUUGCUAUGGAAGAAGAUAAUAAUCAGCAGCGUUGCUAUGGAAGAAGAUAACAGUUAGCAGCGUUGCUAUGGAAGAUAACAGUUAGCAGCGUUGCUAUGGAAGAAGAUAACAGUUAGCAGCGUUGCUAUGGAAGAAGAUAACAGUUAGCAGCGUUGCUAUGGAAGAAGAUAAUAGUUAGCAGCGUUGCUAUGGAAGAAGAUAACAGUUAGCAGCGUUGCAAUGGAAGAAGAUAACAGUUAGCAGUGUUGCUAUGGAAGAAGAUAACAGUUAGCAGCGUUGCUAUGGAAGAAGAUAACAGUUAGCAGCGUUGCUAUGGAAGAAGAUAACAGUUAGCAGUGUUGCUAUGGAAGAAGAUAACAGUUAGCAGUGUUGCUAUGGAAGAAGAUAACAGUUGGCGGCGUUGCUAUGGAAGAAGGUACAAGUUAGCAGCGUUGCUAUGGAAGAAGAUAACAGUUAGCAGCGUUGCUAUGGAAGAAGAUAACCGUCAGCAGUGUUGCUAUGGAAGAAUAUAACAGUUGGCGGCGUUGCUAUGGAAGAAGGUACAAGUUAGCAGCGUUGCUAUGGAAGAAGAUAACAGUUAGCAGCGUUGCUAUGGAAGAAGAUAACAGUUAGCAGCGUUGCUAUGGAAGAAGAUAACAGUUAGCAGCGUUGCUAUGCAAGAAGAUAACAGUUAGCAGCGUUGCUGUGGAAGAAGAUAACAGUUAGCAGCGUUGCUAUGGAAGAAGAUAACAGUUAGCAGCGUUGCUAUGGAAGAAGAUAACAGUUAGCAGCGUUGCUAUGGAAGAAGCUAACAGUUAGCAGCGUUGCUAUGGAAGAAGAUAACAGUUAGCAGUGUUGCUAUGCAAGAAGAUAACAGUUAGCAGCGUUGCUGUGGAAGAAGAUAACAGUUAGCAGCGUUGCUAUGGAAGAAGAUAACAGUUAGCAGCGUUGCUAUGGAAGAAGAUAACAGUUAGCAGCGUUGCUAUGGAAGAAGAUAACAGUUAGCAGCGUUGCUAUGGAAGAAGAUAACAGUUAGCAGCGUUGCUAUGGAAGAAGAUAACAGUUAGCAGCAUUGCUGUGGAAGAAGAUAAGUUAGCAGUGUUGCUAUGGAAGAAGAUAACAGUUAGCAGCGUUGCUAUGGAAGAAGAUAACAGUUAGCAGCGUUGCUAUGGAAGAAGCUAACAGUUAGCAGCGUUGCUAUGGAAGAAGAUAACAGUUAGCAGCAUUGCUAUGGAAGAAGAUAACAGUUAGCAGCGUUGCUAUGGAAGAAGAUAACAGUUAGCAGCGUUGCUAUGCAAGAAGAUAACAGUUAGCAGCGUUGCUAUGGAAGAAGAUAAUAAUCGGCAGCGUUGCUAUGGAAGAAGAUAAUAAUCAGCAGUGUUGCUAUGGAAGAAGAUAAUAAUCACCAGCGUUGCUAUGGAAGAAGAUAAUAAUCAGCAGCGUUGCUAUGGAAGAAGAUAACAGUUAGCAGCGUUGCUAUGGAAGAUAACAGUUAGCAGCGUUGCUAUGGAAGAAGAUAACAGUUAGCAGCGUUGCUAUGGAAGAAGAUAACAGUUAGCAGCGUUGCUAUGGAAGAAGAUAAUAGUUAGCAGCGUUGCUAUGGAAGAAGAUAACAGUUAGCAGCGUUGCAAUGGAAGAAGAUAACAGUUAGCAGUGUUGCUAUGGAAGAAGAUAACAGUUAGCAGCGUUGCUAUGGAAGAAGAUAACAGUUAGCAGCGUUGCUAUGGAAGAAGAUAACAGUUAGCAGUGUUGCUAUGGAAGAAGAUAACAGUUAGCAGUGUUGCUAUGGAAGAAGAUAACAGUUGGCGGCGUUGCUAUGGAAGAAGGUACAAGUUAGCGGCGUUGCUAUGGAAGAAGAUAACAGUUAGCAGCGUUGCUAUGGAAGAAGAUAACCGUCAGCAGUGUUGCUAUGGAAGAAUAUAACAGUUGGCGGCGUUGCUAUGGAAGAAGGUACAAGUUAGCAGCGUUGCUAUGGAAGAAGAUAACAGUUAGCAGCGUUGCUAUGGAAGAAGAUAACAGUUAGCAGCCUUGCUAUGGAAGAAGAUAACAGUUAGCAGCGUUGCUAUGCAAGAAGAUAACAGUUAGCAGCGUUGCUGUGGAAGAAGAUAACAGUUAGCAGCGUUGCUAUGGAAGAAGAUAACAGUUAGCAGCGUUGCUAUGGAAGAAGAUAACAGUUAGCAGCGUUGCUAUGGAAGAAGCUAACAGUUAGCAGCGUUGCUAUGGAAGAAGAUAACAGUUAGCAGCAUUGCUAUGGAAGAAGAUAACAGUUAGCAGCGUUGCUAUGGAAGAAGAUAACAGUUAGCAGUGUUGCUAUGCAAGAAGAUAACAGUUAGCAGCGUUGCUGUGGAAGAAGAUAACAGUUAGCAGCGUUGCUAUGGAAGAAGAUAACAGUUAGCAGCGUUGCUAUGGAAGAAGAUAACAGUUAGCAGCGUUGCUAUGGAAGAAGAUAACAGUUAGCAGCGUUGCUAUGGAAGAAGAUAACAGUUAGCAGCGUUGCUAUGGAAGAAGAUAACAGUUAGCAGCAUUGCUGUGGAAGAAGAUAAGUUAGCAGUGUUGCUAUGGAAGAAGAUAACAGUUAGCAGCGUUGCUAUGGAAGAAGAUAACAGUUAGCAGCGUUGCUAUGGAAGAAGCUAACAGUUAGCAGCGUUGCUAUGGAAGAAGAUAACAGUUAGCAGCAUUGCUAUGGAAGAAGAUAACAGUUAGCAGCGUUGCUAUGGAAGAAGAUAACAGUUAGCAGCGUUGCUAUGGAAGAAGAUAACCGUUAGCAGCGUUGCUAUGGAAGAAGAUAACAGUCUGCAGUGUUGCUAUGGAAGAAUGUCUACCAAAGCUUCCUCUUUAAAACAAAAAACAUGUUUUAAUAUCACAAAUAAAAUGUCUCCUUCAUAUUUCUUCUUCUUUGUGUAACUUUGAUGUACUUUAAUGCGUUUCAUGUCUUUUCCAAAGUUUGGCGCCAAAUCUUGUCCUGUAAUAAAAUGUGUAUAAUUUAAUGCUGUGUUCUUUUCCUAAAAGCAAACAUGUUUUGUUGUUGUUUUCCUGAAAUAAAGAUGUUCACAAACAAUCAGGAAAAUGUCGUC